GAAAUUUCCUUGAUCUUGCCCUCAAACUCUCAAUCAUUCCUCCCUGUCGAGUCGUCGACGUCGCCUGGGUAAAAAGUUCACUGACUUUUUCAUCUGAGUUUCUUUGCAAGUUCAGGUAAUUUUAAUCCCAUCUUUCCCUCCCUUAGUUGCAAUUAACUCAAAACCAUUUGAGAGAUUGAUUCGGCUCUGAUCGGUUGCUGAGAGAACUGAGAAAGAUGACUUCAAAUUCGAAUACGUGAGAAAGUAUAAAUUUUCCUGAUUUUUGUUGUUGGUGCUCUGGUUGUUUACGGCCAAACGGAGCGAUAGGGUUUUGGUUGAAUAUCGGUUGCUUUGAUUUAACUUGCGAAUCGGUAAAAAUUAGAGCUUUGAUGUUUGUGUGUUGGUGAUUGAGCUCAAUACUAGGGUUUUGGAAGCUCUUUUCCGGGAAAAUUCCUUCAAUGAAAGGGGAGGUGCAGCUAGAGCCAACAGGUGGAGAGAACCCUAAUGACUCCGAUCCUCUGCUGGAGAAUCAGGCAGAUUCGCCCGCAGGAAGCUCGAGUGAGAUCAGGGAUGAAGAUAUCGAGACCGGUUCUAUUCCCUGCUGUCGCAUUUGCCUCGAGAGCGAUGGCGAGCCUGAGGAUGAAUUGAUAUCACCAUGCAUGUGCAAGGGCACUCAGCAGUUUGUUCAUCGUGCAUGUCUUGAUCAUUGGCGUUCAGUUAAGGAAGGAUUUGCUUUCUCACAUUGUACCACUUGCAAAGCUCAGUUUCACCUUCAAAUUGCAUUUUUUGAGGACAACUCUUGGCGCAAAGUAAAAUUCAGGCUUUUUGUUGCAAGGGAUGUUUUCCUUGUAUUUUUAGCCGUACAAACUGUAAUUGCUGCAAUGGGUGGCUUUGCAUACAUAAUGGAUAAAGAUGGGGCCUUCAGGAAGUCAUUCAGUGAUGGUUGGGAUAAGAUUCUGUCAAAACAUCCAAUACCUUUUUAUUAUUGCAUUGGGGUACUGGCGUUCUUUGUGCUGCUUGGAUUUUUCGGGCUUAUACUACAUUGCUCCUCCCUUAAUGGUAACGAUCCAAGGAUGGCUGGCUGCCAGAAUUGCUGUUAUGGGUGGGGCAUCUUGGAUUGUUUUCCUGCAUCAAUGGAGGCGUGUUUUGCCUUGGUUAUUGUUUUUGUCGUCAUCUUUGCCAUUCUUGGCAUAGCUUAUGGUUUUCUUGCUGCCACCAUGGCCAUUCAGAGGAUCUGGCAGAGACACUACCAUAUCCUUACGAAGAGGGAGCUCACUAAGGAGUACAUAGUGGAGGAUCUUCAUGGUUGUUACACCCCACCAAAAUUGGAUCCAGAACAUGAAGCACGUCUAAAGAUGCUUAAGCUUUUGUAAUAAAUGCUGAAGUGGUUUAUAUAUUUGAAAGUAUUUAAUUUAAUCAGUAUGUGAAAGCUACAAUGUGUGUUUGCUCUGCACCCUUUGUUUACAGUGAGGAGGAAAGAAAACGAUCGUAUUCUGAGUGCUCCCCGAUCAAGGUGUGUGCACCUGAUCUGAUCUCGCAAAAGCUUGGCUGAAACAUGAUUUGGAAUAUGGGCUUACAUAACCAUCUGUGCAGUUUCUACA